AUGAUCGAUAUUACCGCUCAAUUUGACACCGAGCAAAAGGUCCCUAAGAGCUUCAUCACACCUCAGUAUCGACCAGUCACCAUAAUCAACACCAUCGCAAUGAUCGACUGGACCACAAUCUUCACCUGGGGCCAAGGCAUCCCCACCCUCCUCCUCACAGCCCUCCUAGUACUAUACUGGUACAUCCGAAUCCCAUCCGAUAUGCCCAAGAACAUCCCAACCAUCCCAAUCUACAUCUCCCUCCUAGGCCUAUGGAGCGAUAUGGGUCAAGACGAUAUCUUCGACCGAUGGCUGCGCACACCACUCGAGAAGCACGGGGCUGUGAGAAUAUGGUUCGCAGGACGCUGGAAUAUCCUCGCAACACGACCACAGUUCCUAGUAGACAUGUUCCGGCAUGAAGAUGUAUACGCCAAAGCCGGAAGUCAGAAGAAGAUUCCUUGGAGUGUGAUUGCCGCGCUGGUGGGCGAUAACAUUAUCAAUGCGCAUGGGCAGAACUGGAAGCUUUAUACAUCUAUUAUGAAGUCUGGAUUGCAGAGACGGAUCACGGACUCGGGGCCAUUGUUAGAAAAGUCGAGGCUUUUUGUGGAUAUUCUGCUUGAGGAGCAGGAGAAACCGGGGGAGAAGGGGGUUGUGGUGAAUCCAAUUAUACAGCGAUGGGCACUUAGUUGUAUGGGAAUCAGUUUCAUGAAUGUUGACCUUGAGGCAUUGGAAAGACCUGGGCAACGCCUUGAAGAACUUCAAACAAUCAUCAAAAAGACCCUCUUCAAGCCCUUGUUCUUCAACUUCCCCGAUCUAGACAAAUACCCGACCAUCUUCCCCAAACGCCGUGCCGCAUUCGCCAUAAUGCAAGAAUUCGGCGACCUCCUAGUUUCAACCGUCCAGCAUCGAAUCCACACCACCUCCACCGACGGCGACCAAGUAGUCGACCUCCUCGACCGAGCGCUCAAAGAAAACAAAAUCACACUGGAACAAUACCGCGCCAACCUCAAAGUAACAUUCCUAACAGCCCACGAAAACGCCCAACAACUCCUAAACUCGACCAUCUACGUCCUGGGCACCAACAAAACAAUCCAAUCAACCCUCCGCACCGAAGUUCUCUGCACAAACACCACUUCCCCAUCCCCAGACCUCCUAAACUCCCUCCCCUACCUAACAUCCACCAUCCUCGAACUUCUCCGUCUCUACCCCCCAGUCUCCCAACUAAUCAACCGUGUCACCACAUCCCCCAGUACCCUAGGCGGCGUCAUCCCCAUCCCAAGCCACACAUGGGUCGGAUGGAACGCCUACGGCGUGCACACGGAUACGACUAUCUGGGGCCCCGACGCAAGGGACUUCAAACCUGAGCGGUGGGGGAUGGAUGUGAAGAGUAUUCAGGCCACAGUGAGGAGUAAGACGACGGCGUGUCAUUUUAUAGCGUUUAAUGCGCAUUCGAGGAAGUGUUUAGGGCAGGGGUUUGCGAUGUUGCAGAUGAAGGUUUUGAUGUUUGAGCUUGUGUGGAGGGCUGAGUGGGAUGUACAUCCUGGGUAUGAGUUGAAGUUAACUUCGGGCGGGAUCAUGGCUCCGCUGGGACUAAGGGUUAUUUUUCGAGAGCCGAGGACACUCACCGUCGAGGCGGAUCUACUUUUUGCAGACGCGCUGGAUCGAAUCACGGAACACGAUAUCCCGGUUAUACCCGGUGCAGCAGCACCUAUCGUUGAGAAACUUGUGGAAAAUGAAGCUCUCGAGAUAGAGUUAAUUCAAACAUACGCCAACUUGAAUCCCACACGCCCGCCCAUCCUCUUCUCAGUUUGCAUGGGCGCCUUCCUACUCGCUGCAGCCAAGAGGCUCUCCGGACUCACCGUGACAACACACCGCUACGCACUAGACAAUCUAGAAGAUCUCUGUUCCCGAGUCCACGGCGACCAACAACCGACGCAUAUCGUGUAUCGACGCUUCGUGGACGGUGGCUACCUCGAUGGAACCCGCGUGCAAAUGAUAACCUCGGGUGGAAUCAGCUCCGGCCUGGAUGACACCUUCUACCUGGUCUGCCGCCUCCUCAACGCCGAGAUAGCGGCGCACAUCUCAUAA